UUCAGCGGGAAUCUUUGGUUUAAUGUUCACAGACAUUGGACUGAGCUCUAACAAAUCCUCAGCCAGGCACUCUUCCUCCAAACAGCAGACCUUAGCCCUUUUUCUAGCAUAGAGCUGGCACUGGACCGGUUAUGCUGAGCUGUUGAAAAUGCAGGAGGAAUCUUCUGAGUGCCACACAGAACUUUGACAAAGACGUACCUGUUGGUUUAUUGCUUUCCACAUGACUGCAAGUAGCUGAAUGAAUCACUGCAUACAACUUAAAGAAAGUUGCAGCAAAGAUCGCCCUGCUAAAGGGAAACGCUGAAUUGUGCUCCACAGAGACAGGAGCCUUCAGACAGCGUCGCAGGACUCAACAUGAGACUGUAAUUAACUUCUCGAAGAACAACUUAUUUCUGGUUUCGAUAUCACUUCCUUUGAAGAAGGCCUUAUCCACUUCAGGACUGCACCUACAAACAUGAAGCUGCUCUGGAUAAUCCUGUUCCUACUAGUGCAAGGCACAGAUGGUUUUCUGAUUAAAAAUACUAAAGUCAACCUGUGUCUACAAGCAAGUACAGAUAAGAACUUACUGAUAGAGGACUGUAAUUCUACUUCGAAGUCCCAACACUGGUUUUGGCAAGACAAUUCCUUAGUCAAUCGUGGCACAAGGAAAUGUCUAUCUGUGGCUGAGGUCAACAGAGUACAGACAAGUCCCUGUGACAGUACCGCACUUGUAAACUGGGACUGCUUUAAUUUCUGGCUUCAGCCUAUGGGAAUCCAGAAAUACCUGGCAGUAAAAAAGAAUAGAGCUGUUCUCACUGACACACAAAGCCCAAAUUCCCAGUGGCGAAGCAGAGGGGAACAGAGUGUAUGUGAUGAGAGACCAGCAAAGACAAAAAGAAGCAGAUAUACCCCUAUGGCUCUUGCAAACACAGGCAUGCGCAGCAAGAUGGAGGGUGACACCACCCCUGCAGCAUCUCUGUCUCAAGAACAGCUGAACGAUUUGCUGUGGUUUUUCCGGAGAGAAGAUUCGUCAACGUGGAAUUACUCCAUCCUAGCCCUCUCCUUUGUGGUUCUAGUUCUGGGUCUUCUCCUCCUGGGGAUGAAUGUUACGGCCAAUAGGAAGAGGAAGAUCCUCCUGUAUAAAAAAGCUGCAGAAGGCGCGCUGUCAGCAGAAACAGAAGUCAAGCACGUCUUCAUGCCUGUGGGGGAACAAAGCAACUUGAACUCUUUAACCCAGGAUUUGCUUCCGAAAGAGCAGAAGGCCGGAGACGUGCUGGUACAGUGGAGGGACGGGACUGUCACAGCUCUGUACGCAGACAGGUUUGAGGAUGCGUGAGAGCGGGCGCAGUCAACGCAGAAACAGCUCAACCCAUUUCAGAAGUAUCGUGCAUCUCAGUUGACCUUGAAAGCCAGCACAGUGCAUCGAACAGAACAAAACGGAGAGCAGAGGAGGUUCCUCAGCACAGCAGCUCUAGGCUCAGAUACAGGCUGACCCACACCUUCCCCCCCCGGUUUCGAUUGCCCUACAGCCCGAUCUUUACUCUCUGUUGUCAGCCGGCUCCAGGGAUACUUCAGCAUGCCCGUUUUGCCCACCCUCUCUCAGAUGUCGCCUGCCUCCAUUGCAUGAAGCCAAGCCAGACCGGGGAGGUGGGAGGCUUUUACUGUAGUCAGCCGAGGAAUGUGGCUUUCACAACAACUCUGGGAAGAAUCCUCGAGAAAACGGUGCAGCUAAGCAGAGGAGCUCAAACUAUUCAAGUCGCCUUUAUCAGCAUAUUGGGCAAAGGGGUUCACAUUGUAUAAUUGGAUAUAUGUGACUCUACUCUGCAGACGAGUGCAAUUCCAGACAGCAGCAGAGCAGUUACUGUCCCGAACUGUAUAUAAAAUACCCCCAGAAGUCAAUAAAACACGCUAUCUUUCCAAAGGAAACUGGCCUGUUCACUGUACACGCUGUCCUUCAUCAGGAUUUAUUCACUGUUCUGCACAGAUAGUAGGGAAACACCAUCCAAAAACUUAAGACACAUGGUAAAUACAUUAAUCCUAUGACCAAAAGCAUGAAGUGUCCCACUCAAGGAGUCUUUUUGUUUUCAAAGUCUUUGCAAAAGAACAUUGCAUUGUAAAAAAAAAGCCACCCUUACAAAAUACGUAUUUUUGGUACACUUUAUUUCAAGGUAUAGACAACAUUUUUAUAUUAUCCGAAGCUUUCUGCUUUCUAUACAAUCCAAAUCAUUUAUUCUGCAUUGAGAUUUUUUUUUUUUAAAAACCCUCUUUUGAUUUAUUGCUUAAGCAGUGAAAUGCUGAGGCUGUUCGUAUACAUGCCACCUUCCUUGUUCGCAUCUUGAGUAGGCCGUAAGCAUUGAUACACUUCACCGUCUCUAAAGUUUCUGGAUUUUAAAUUUGAGAAGAAAAUGGGGGUUUUUUGGUAAUAACUUUGACUGGAAGUUUGGCAGAGAUGCUAGACAAGCUUUCAGGCCCAAAGUCAUCUGAAGACAGUCCAAUAAAAGAUAUCACCAACAAUUCCCGGCUUCUCGUAUUGCCUGGACCAUCACAACAAUGACUCUC